AGAGUACACGUAUAUAUGUUUGCUGAUCAUAGUAUGUCAUAUUAUAUGUUGUGACGUGUAUAUUUUUUUAAAAAUUACAUCAAAUAAUAAGUUAUAGAAGCAUCCGUACGAAAAAAUAGUUUGAAUUAUUAACUUAAAUUUAGGUAUUAUAAAAUGAUGCAAGAUGAGGAUCUUGGAGGUCCUGCUAAAAGGAAUCCUGUUUUCCAAGCUGUCACGAGGAUAUCACAGAUUUAUCAAGGUUACUUAGAUCUUUGGACACCACAUACAAUAUCCAGAUGGAUUUUUGCUGGAUUUUUAGUUCUUGUAUUUGUAUUACGUAUUCUUAUAGUGCAGGGAUGGUAUAUUAUCAUCUAUGCCUUGGGUAUCUAUCAUCUUAAUUUAUUCAUAGGAUUCCUUACGCCGAAGAGUGAUCCAGCGAUGGAUUACGACGACGGAGAAGGUCCGGAAUUGCCAACAAAAGCUAACGAAGAGUUCCGACCAUUUAUUAGACGACUACCGGAAUUCAAAUUCUGGCACUCAGUAACUAAAUCGACUUUAGUAGCAUUAAGUUGUACGAUGUUUGAAGUCUUCAACAUUCCCGUCUUCUGGCCAAUAUUAGUUAUGUAUUUCAUUACGUUGUUCUGCAUUACGAUGAAACGACAAAUCAAGCAUAUGAUAAAAUAUCGUUACUUGCCUUUUACUCAUGGCAAACCAAAGUACCAAAAUCACGAUGGCAACACGAGGGUACCAGCUAAAUGAAUUUAGUUACUAGGCUUUUUUCAAAUAAUAAUAAUUAAAAAAUUGUUAAUUGAAGUGCGUAAGUGUGCGUAUAUAAUAAUAGAGUAAAAAUUGAUUUAUAAUUUAAAUUAAAUGAUAAACUAUAUAUAAAAAAAAAACAAGAAAUUAUUAAUGGUAAAAUCGCAGAAUAAAGCUUGGGUUAAAAAAUCUGAGCUGAUAAAUUUUAAAUUAAAUUAUGAUUUAUAUUUAUGAGUAUAUAUGAAUAUAUUUAAGUGCGAGAGGUAAUAUUGAUUUAUUUAAAAUAAAACAAACAGACGUAUGAUAAUUAAAUGAAUAAAUAAAUAAUAAAUUAAAAAUAUAUUUGUAAUAAUUAAUACUUCAGAUGCGCAUGUAUAAAUGUCUUGUCUACGUUGGUAACAUAAAACUUGUACAAAGAAUCAUAA